AUGCAGUUCAUGCAACAACACCUACCCAAGCCUGCAAUACCGCCCAUGUCAGAUAUGGAUGGUUCGAGCUUGAACAUCACGGCGCCCGUCAAAAAAGCAGCAGUUCUACUACCUGGACUUGUAUUUAUACACGGUGGCGGCUAUCUGUUCGGAACAAGCUCUCAGCCUCCCUACGGUCAAAGAAAGAUUGUCCAGCGAUCAAUUCAUUUGGACCAGCAGGUUGUUGCUAUCAAUAUAAACUACCGGCUCGGGGUAACUGGCUUCUUGAUAUCCAGAGAUAUGCAGAAUGCAGGUUACAAGGCGAACCUAGGUCUUCGAGACCAACAGGCCGCUCUCGUAUGGAUUCAAAAGUACAUAGAAGGAUUUGGAGGAGAUCCGGAUAGAGUUACAGUGAUAGGGCAGAGCGCUGGAGCUGAACCUGGUGACUUUGUUUCAGUUCCUCCGAAAGUCCUCCACAAACCCACUCCGUUAGGCCCGAUUACGCACGCCGUUAACCUCAUUUCUCCCGCCGACUGGGUGGAUUUCUUCCGUGGUUUCAAGGAUGACUAUAAUGGGACGAUGUUUCCGGAGUUUGAUGACCGUGACCGGCUACAAUAUCUUACAGGGAGACUUCCCCCGGACUACGAGGAGAGGUUUGACACCUACUUUGAGGAAGUAAAGAAUCCCGCCGAGCCAAGUGAAUGGACCAAGGAGAACGAAGUCCUCCCAGACGAUACCAGGCCCUACUAUCUUCGCCACAAUACUGGUCCUCGCUGGAUGCUAGGUCCUAUGGUCUCGCGCCCCUUCAUCACCACCAAGCAAAGUGGAGGUCGCCUUGCAAUUCCAAGCAUCACCAGCUCUGCCCUUCUCGGCCGCUCGGUCUUCGAUAAGAGCUUUAUCUUUCCAACAUCGAACCACUUGCUGCUCAUCCUGGACGGCACCCUCGAAGUCAGAAUUAAUAGUAAAGAACCGACCGAAGCCCAUACCGGCGAGGUUGUAUUUCUACCAGCAGGUACAUGCUUUGCCCUGGAUUUCCGUCCACGAUACGUUCGGUGCUACAGCUAUGUGAAUGGCGAUGGCAUUGAAGCUCUGAUUCAUGGCGCUGGAGAUCCUGUCGAGGGGCUGGCGCUGCCAGAACAACCACAGGUCGCUGACGAGGACAAGGUUCUCAGCGUCGCGCAGAAUUUAGAUAUGGAAGAGGAAUAG